GACUUUCACGGAAGUGACGACUAUUAUACCGAUGGCGGCCCUCAUUACGGUUCCGGCUUGGAAGCUAUUUUGACGGCGUCCACUGUGACUUUCUGUGUGUUUUUUUAAAAUGGUCUCAAAUAAUCAGAUGUUCAAGGGUACAAUACCAAGUGCACUUGUCAAUGCUUAGUACAGGUUUCAAUUGAAGCACCAACUUGGCUAGUUAUUGUCCGAAACAUUUACUCCAAACUCCACAAGACAGCCUUGCUACAGGUUAUCCGUGAACGCAAAGAAUGUCUUCUUGACAAAACCAACUCAUAGCUUUUUGCCCGUUUAGUCGGGGCUUUUAUUUUGUGUUAGGUGUAACGUUAGUUGUUGUAGAGCGAGGUCUUCAAGGUGAAAACAGGUCGACCCAAUAACUGGGUUAUAACUGUUAAUAUAAAGAGUCGACGUACAAGCAGCGGAUUCUGGAGGGAAGUGGCUAGCUUUUAGCUGGCUACUACUGUAGCUAGCUGAAGCUGGACUCUCAGCUUUAUCAAAGUCGUUUGGACCUGGACUACCAAGUUUGUGGACCAAUUUUGGAUUAUACACUUGGACGUUUGCCGCAUCGAUCUUGACGUAUCAACAUGCUGAAAACUCGUCAGUGUUUACUCGGGAUUAGGACUUUUCUUGGAGUGGCGUCCAGAAUAUGGGGUUUCAUUUUGUACAUUCUCAGGAAGCACUUAAGAACGAUAAUUCAGUAUCAAACAGUGCGCUAUGACAUAUUACCUCUCUCACCUGUGUCCAGGAAUAGACUGAAUGCUGUCAAACGUAAAAUCCUGGUGCUGGAUCUGGACGAGACGUUGAUCCACUCCCACCAUGAUGGGGUUUUGAGACCUACAGUCCGACCUGGCACACCACCAGACUUUAUCCUUAAGGUGGUAAUAGACAAACAUCCAGUAAGGUUUUUUGUCCAUAAACGACCACACGUGGACUUCUUUUUAGAAGUGGUAAGCCAAUGGUAUGAGUUGGUGGUGUUCACAGCCAGUAUGGAAAUCUACGGCUCAGCUGUGGCCGAUAAAUUGGAUAAUAAUAAGGACAUUUUGAGGCGCAGAUACUACAGACAGCACUGCACGUUGGAUCUAGGUAGCUAUAUUAAGGACCUGUCGGUGGUACAUAAUGACCUGUCCAGUAUAGUCAUACUGGAUAACUCUCCUGGAGCGUAUCGCAGCCACCCAGUUACUGUGGCUGAAACGCCUCCAUGGGGGAUCGUGUUCGAUUGAAUAUAAUCUAAUGGAGGUACACCAGCGUGAGUACAGAAAACACCUCAAAAAAGAUCAAAUAAACAUCAAUAAAUGGCACAACAAAGUUUGGACUGCGAGUUAUCUGUGUGUCAACGAGGUUAAGGGUAACAUUAAGUUCCCUAAUUUUGGUAAUUCCAGUUAAACUGCCAGAACUGUCCCAUUGUAGAACUGUUUUCAAUGACCAGACUGUGUAGCUCAGUUUAGCAAGCUAAGCCUUAUGCCAUAACACCACAUACUCAUAAGUUACAUCUUAAUUUAUUCGCACAUGAAUGUACAUUCCCUAGAAUGUCUGUGGGAAUAGUUUUAACAAUUAAUGUGUACUAGUUGGUUAUGUUACACUGACAAUAUAAAAUUAGCUAGUUAGAAAGCUAAUGAAGCUACCAUCGAAUAUGAGCUUCCAGAUAAAUUUGUCAUUGGAUUGGGAAAUCGAGAGUGAAUUAGGUAAGUAAACGCAAUUCCUUUAAACCAUUGUGUUCAGAAACAAACUGAACAUCAUCUGAAUUUAAAACAAAGAUAUAAAGUGUAUCUGCUAGCGAUUGUGCCCAUUGACUCCCAUUGUGUGCUGUUAGCAUGCCUUCCCCCAACGUGGGGCGGUAACCUUUCAGAACCUUUCUGCCGACUUUCUAUUACAGGUGGGGUCUCAAGAAAUUAGAAUAUUGUGGAAAAGUUAAUUUCCCCCCCUAAUUUAUUUCAAAAAGUCGAUCUUUCAUAUAUUUUAGACUCAUUAGAUAGAGAAAUAUUUCAAGCCAUUUUUUGUCAAGCAUAGUCCAUUCAAGAACUUGGUGGAACUUACCUGAGCGAAGGAGAGACAGAACUGGACCAUUCCUCUUUUCACUUGAAAACAAAUUUUGCAUUUCAUUUGGAUAUCAGGGUCCAAUCAAGGUCCCAAAAGUCUAAAGGAAAAGUGGAGAGGCACAAAAUCCAAGUUGCUUGAAGUCCAGUUUGAUGUUUCCACAGUCAGUGAUCCAAGAUCCAGAGUCAAUGCAGCCUUCUACCAGGAGAUUUUAGAGAACUUUGUGCUUCCACCUGUUGACAAGCUUUAUGGAGAUGAUUGCCUCCAUACUGCACCACAUUGAUGCAGUAAUUUGUGCAAAAGUAGCCCGACCAGUAUUGAGUGGAUAAAUUAACUAUUUCAGAUUAGUUAAUUUCUUUUCAAAAGGUCAACAUUUCUGUAUCAUAAUCCCUUUAUUUUAAUAUUUUGAGAUACUCAUUUUUGGUUUUCAUUAGCUGUAAGCCUUGAUCAUCAAGAUUAAAACAAAUAUUUCACUUUAAAUAUAAUGAAUCUAGAAUAUAUGAAAGAUUUACUUUUUGAAAUAAAUUAGGGGGGGUGAACUUUUCCACAAUAUUCAAAUUUUUUGAGACUCCCCUAUAUUUCACCACCAUAUUGAAUGCAUCUUGUUUCUUUUUGCAGACAAUGCAAUACCAAUCAAGUCGUGGUUCAGUGAUCCUAGCGACACUGCACUUUUAAAUUUGUUGCCGAUGUUGGAUGCACUAAGGCA